AUGUCAUCGGACAAGAUGGACGCCGCGUCCCUGAUCUCGAGAUUGAACCUCAACAAGGAGGACAAGGGCGACAGAGAGGUCACGAAGGAUGAGAUUGAACAGCCGGCCGUCAAAGAGCCUGUCGAAGAGAAGACACAGCCAGAGCCAGCCGAGAAACCUCAGAGCUCUCUCGUGGACUCAACGUACGAGGUGAAGGUGAAACUUGCUGACUUGCAAGCCGACCCAAACUCGCCGCUGUACUCAGUGAAGUCGUUCGAGGAGCUUGGGCUUCGCGAGGAGCUGCUGAAGGGUCUUUACGCCAUGAAGUUCUCCAAGCCUUCCAAGAUCCAGGAGAAGGCUCUUCCUCUUCUUAUCCAGAACCCACCGCGCAACAUGAUUGGACAGUCGCAGUCGGGAACGGGUAAAACCGCUGCUUUUUCGCUGGCCAUGCUCACCAGGGUCGACGAAAACAACCCUGCCGUGCAGGCAUUGUGCCUGUCUCCAGCCAGGGAGCUGGCCAGACAAACCGAGGAAGUUGUUUCUCAGAUGAGCAAAUACACCAAGGUCAAGGUCAAGUUGGUUGUCCCUGGUGCUCUGCAGAGAGACGAGUCGGUCAAUGCGCAGAUCGUCAUUGCCACACCAGGUGUUAUUUUGGAUCUGAUCAGAAGAAAAAAGAUCGACUUGAAGAAUCUCAAGGUGUUCGUUUUGGACGAGGCCGACAAUAUGCUCGAUAUGCAAGGACUUUCAGACCAGUGUGUGCGUGUGAAGAAGGCGAUCCCCAAGACCACUCAGCUGGUUCUGUUUUCUGCUACGUUCCCAGACGACGUGCGGAAGUACUCUGAAACUUUUGUUCCGCAUGCCAACUCUUUGGAGCUUAAGCAAGAGGAGCUGAAUGUGGACGCCAUUAAACAAUUGUACAUGGAUUGCGAUUCGGAGCAGCACAAGUUCGAGGUGCUUUGCGAGCUGUACGGACUGCUGACCAUUGCGUCGUCUAUUAUUUUUGUCCAGACCAAGGACACGGCUUCGAAACUGUACACUAGAAUGAAGAAAGAGGGACACGCGGUCUCAAUUUUGCAUGGAGACUUGCAACCGGCAGAGAGAGAUAGACUGAUCGACGAUUUCAGAGAGGGAAGAUCCAAGGUACUCAUCACUACGAACGUUCUUGCUAGAGGCAUUGACAUUCCGUCUGUUUCAAUGGUGGUGAACUACGACAUUCCUCUGGACAAAAAAGGAAAUCCAGAUCCAUCCACCUACCUGCACAGAAUCGGUAGAACAGGAAGAUUUGGUAGAACUGGUGUGUCAAUUUCUUUGAUCCACGACAAGAAGUCCUACCAGGACUUGGAGACCAUUCGUGCCUACUUCGGUGGCAUUGAGAUGACAAGAUUGCCAACAGACGACUGGGAUGAGGUCGAGGAGAUCGUCAAAAAGGUUAUUAAAUAA